UUUACUCCCUGUUUGCGUUUUCAUAAUGACGAAAUCUCAGUCUAAAGAGGACCUUAUUGGUUCCAAAGAGCAGCUGCGUGGAGAUCGUAAAUCAUUCGUCUUACCGCCCGAUUAUGUGUUAUCACCCACCGAAAAAAAGUUUCUGUUGCUCGCCGAGCGGGGAGACUGCGCGUCUGUUCAGAGGAUAUUGGAUGAACACAAAGGUCAGCCGGAUAUACUCAACAUAGACUGCACGGACCCGUUGAACAGAUCGGCAUUAAUAACAGCCAUCGAAAAUGAAAAUAUGGAUUUGAUACAGUUGUUGCUCAAAUCCGGGAUCAAAGUUAAAGAUGCAUUGUUGCACGCUAUCAAGGAAGAGUACGUAGAAGCCGUGGAACUUUUACUGGAAUGGGAGGAAAAGAUACACGUCGCCGGMGAUCCUUACUCUUGGGAAGCAGUGGAAUCGUCAGCUUCGACGUUUACGCCCGACAUAACGCCACUAACACUAGCAGCUCACAUGAACAAUUACGAAAUACUAAAGAUCCUUUUGGAUAGAGGUGCUACAUUGCCCAUGCCCCACGACGUCAGGUGUGGCUGUGACGAGUGUAUCACGUCAAACACACAUGAUUCACUUCGCCACUCACAUUCGAGAAUAAACGCAUACAAAGCGCUUACGUCUCCAUCCCUAAUAGCUCUGUCAUCAAGAGAUCCACUGUUGACCGCUUUUGAAUUAAGUUGGGAGCUUCGUCGACUUAGCACCAUGGAAUCUGAAUUUAGAAAUGAAUAUAAUGAAAUGAGGAACACUGUUCAAACAUUUGCUACGUCACUUUUGGAUCACGUGAGGACAUCGUACGAACUGGAGAUUAUGUUAAAUCAUAAUCCCAAAGGUGAUCCGUGGGAACCGGGUGAGAGAUUGACCCUGGAACGUUUAAAAUUGGCUAUCAAAUACAAACAGAAAGCGUUUGUGGCUCAUCCAAACGUUCAACAAUUGUUAGCCGCUAUCUGGUACGACGGUCUACCUGGUUUUCGUCGGAAGAGUAUGGUCGGACAAAUGAUCGAAGUUGGAAAACUUGGUGCAAUGUUUGCAAUGUACGGUUCAAUGUACAUGUUAAAUCCAGAUUCAAAAAUGGGCCAGCUGAUGAAGAAACCGUUCAUAAAAUUCGUCUGCCAUUCGUCUUCGUAUGCAUUUUUUUUAACAUUACUAGCAUUAGCAUCUCAAAGAGCCGAGUUUUUAGCUUUGGAAUGGAUUGACACCGAUUGGACGAAAUCGAUACUGGAAGAAAUGACUAGAAAAGAAAGAGGAUCUAUACCAGGACCUAUAGAAUGCGGUAUAAUAUUGUACAUCAUAAGUYUAAUAUGGCGAGAAGCGCACUCGUUAUAUUCGGACGGUCUGGUGGACUAUGCAGCUGACUUAUGGAACAUAGUAGACUUCAUAACYAAUGUAUUCUAYAUGGUGUGGAUAAGUUUGCGGUUUUCGUCCUGGUACAUUGUUCAGAGGGAAUACAACGAAGGUUAUGAUCCUUGGUUGCCGCGGGAAGACUGGGAUAAAUUCGACCCGCACCUGGUGUCCGAGGGGGCGUUUGCAGCCGCCAUGAUAUUCAGUUUCUUAAAGCUCGUGCAUAUAUUCAGCGUAAACCCUCACCUGGGACCACUUCAGAUAUCGUUGGGUCGUAUGAUUAUCGACAUCAUAAAAUUCUUUUUCAUCUACACAUUGGUGCUUUGCGCAUUCGGAUGCGGUUUAAAUCAGUUGCUUUGGUACUACGCGGACUUGGAGUCGAAAAAAUGUUACCACGACAACAGUGACAUUGCUGAUUUCGAAAAAGAAGAAAAGGCCUGUUCGACGUGGAGGCGAUUCGCCAAUAUAUUUGAAACUUCUCAAUCUCUAUUUUGGGCUGGUUUUGGACUUGUCGAUUUGACAGCAUUUGACCUAACCGGAAUUAAGAGUUUCACUAGAUUUUGGGGUCUACUACUGUUCGGAUCAUACUCGGUAAUCAACAUAAUCGUUUUGCUGAACAUGCUUAUCGCUAUGAUGUCCAAUUCAUAUCAAAUAAUUUCGGAACGGUCUGACAUGGAAUGGAAGUUCGCUCGUAGUUCAUUGUGGAUUUCAUAUUUUGAAGACGGAGACACMGUGCCUGCCCCCUUUAAUCUKUUUCCUUCACUAAAAAAUGUCAAACGUAUGAUAGGUCUCGAGAAGUCAGACCGGACAUCCGGGUCAAUGAUUUUUAAGUCCAGGGAAAAGGCGUCAGCUCGGCAUGAUAUUGUUAUGCGGCUAUUGGUAAGACGSUAUGUGACUGCGGAACAACGCAAGAGUGAAGAAUUUGGAAUUACUGAAGACGACGUGAUGGAAAUACGACAAGACAUAUCGUCCAUGAAGUUCGAGAUGAUCGAUAUAUUCAAGCAAAACGGGUAUAAAACACCCAAAAAAGAACACGACUCUAAUGUUGACGCAGAUAAAUCAAAAGAUACGGAAAAAUCGAAAGAUACGACUAAAUCAGAAGAAAAAGAUAAAGGUAGCCAACACUUGAAACCAGAAUCUCCGAAACGGGCAGCUAGCCCAAAGAAACCAGGUGGUAAAUCUAAAGUCACGGGAGAAAUUUUGACUGGUUGGUUGUGA